UUUGAUGACCAAAUAUGUAAAUAUCAUCAAAUUAGAGCUUAACCGCAGUCACACCACCUCCACUUCCACCAUUUCACAAAAUUUAAAAAUCUUCCGUUUCAAUUCCCUUUCGCCCACCAUUUUUUCCCUCUUUUUGGCUUCUGCGCAUUAACUCAAUCUCCCAGCUCAGCUCUGCAAAAUUUCCGCAAAAUCGGAAACCCUAAGCCUCUCCGUUUCAUGGAAUCUGUUUUUCUAUAUCCUCGCCGUCUUUCCGCCGGACUCACACACACAUGAGCAUAGAGAGAGAGGCUUAAUUUGCUGUAAGAGUUAAUGUAUCAUGAAUUAAUGCUCUUUUUGCUUCAAAGUGUAUUUGGAGAAACCGCUUGAUUCAUCCAAGCAUUCAAAAUUCAUCACUUCCUUUUCUUUUCUUUUCUAAUUAUAAUUUUUUCCCCCAAAUUUGGUUGCUGCUGCUAGCAUUUUGUCAAUGGCUUAAAAAUUGUGAGCUUAGUCUCCCUUGAAUUGGCUACAAUUGAUUGAGAAUACUUGAAUUUUUCAAUAGACGAGCAAUGUCGGACGACAUGAUCUUGCAUUUCUCUUCCAACUCUUCGAAUCAAUCGGAUCAGUCCUCCAAGAUCGCGAAACUCGAAGCGAGAUUGGUGGGCAAGGCUUCCUCUGCAGUUUCCGCACAGCCCCAAGUCCAGGCGCAGCUGAAUUCGUGGACUGUGCCUGCGAAGUUUGGAGGUGCCUCGGAUGGUCUGGCGGACUCUUUAGUUGAUAGCGAUGAUUCUGAUGAUGAUGAUAAUGGAGGAGCCUAUCUCAUACAAGCUAAUACUCAAAAGCGGCGGAAGGUUGAUGAAGUCUGUAGCCCCACUUCCAUCGAACAAGUUGAGGAAGGUAAUAUUUCUGGAAGUACACAACAGGCGCCAGCUGAUGCUCGGUACAAGAAUGCAGAACCAAUUGAUAACAACAAGCUAGGUGGUGAUGUAAAUAAAAGAAAGCAAAGUCGUGGUCGGGCUACUACUUCUUCUGGUAGGGGAAGGGGUUCCCGUGUUAGUGAUCAGGCAAGAAAUCAGAGCAUCUCUCCGUCAAAUGGCCAGGUCGAGAACUCCCUUUGUAAGGAUGGAUUCUUCAAAGAGCAGCUUGGGCAUGAUGGUCACACCUCAAGAGAGGAUGAAGGAACUUCCUUACGCGCAAAGGUUGCAGCAAUGGAGGAAGAACUGAAAAAAUCACGUGAAGAGGUCUCUGAUUCCCGGGAUAAAUGUGAACGACUAGAAAAGGAGCUUAAAGAUAUCAAAGAUUAUGAACAACAGAUGAAACCAAAGAGAAUGAAAGUGAUAUCUGAUUUAUUGAUAUCUGUAUCAAAAGCUGAGAGACAAGAGGCAAGGAUGAGAGUACGCCAGGAUUCCCUGAGACUUGGCAACAUUGGAGUGGUCAGAGCUGGCACGAUCAUAUCUGAAGCGUGGGAGGAUGGACAAGCCAUGAAAGAUAUCAAUGCCCAACUUAGGAUUUUGUUGGAAACGAAGGAGGCAAUUGAAAGACAGAGGAAAUCUCUGAAGAAACGGCCAACAGACAAGGGUGAGGUAGCUGAUGCAGAGGGUGGGGUUCAGGAAGAAGAUAUUCUCAUGCAGGAUGAAAUUUUCAAGUCUCGUCUAGCCAGCAUCAAACGGGAGGAGGAAGCUGUAAUGCGUGAAAGAGACCGGCAUGAGUUGGAAAAAGGAAGAUUAAUACGUGAAAUGAAACGUAUAAGGGAUGAGGAUGGCUCUCGUUUCAACAAUUUUCAGAUAUUGCAUCACCGUUAUGCUCUCUUAAACCUUUUGGGCAAAGGAGGAUUUAGUGAAGUUUAUAAGGCUUUUGACUUGGUAGAACAUAGAUAUGUUGCCUGUAAGCUACAUGGUUUGAAUGCUCAGUGGAGUGAAGAGAAGAAGCAAAGCUAUAUACGGCAUGCGAUCAGGGAAUAUAAUAUUCACAAAACCUUGGUCCACCGUCACAUAGUUCGGCUUUGGGACAUCUUUGAGAUUGAUCACAACACAUUCUGCACUGUCUUGGAGUAUUGCAGUGGCAAGGAUCUCGAUGCUGUUCUUAAAGCAACACCGGUACUUCCAGAGAGAGAAGCUAGAAUUAUUGUGGUCCAGAUCUUUCAGGGCCUUGUUUACCUGAAUAAAAGAUCGCAAAAAAUUAUUCAUUACGAUUUGAAACCUGGAAAUGUUCUAUUUGAUGAAUUUGGUGUUGCUAAAGUCACAGAUUUCGGUCUUAGCAAGAUUGUGGAGGACAAUGUUGGAUCCCAAGGCAUGGAACUUACAUCGCAGGGUGCUGGUACAUAUUGGUAUCUGCCUCCAGAAUGUUUUGAGCUAAGCAGGACACCUCUAAUUUCCUCAAAGGUUGAUGUUUGGUCUCUGGGUGUCUUGUUGUACCAAAUGCUGUUUGGCAGACGGCCUUUUGGGCACGACCAGAGUCAAGAGAGAAUUCUCCGUGAAGAUACAAUUAUUAAAGCCCGUAAAGUUGAGUUCCCUUCAAGACCAUCUGUAUCUAAUGAGGCAAAGGUAAACCUUGCAUGUCCUAGCUCAAUGUUGUACAAUGCGACGGAUCUCUUUCUUCUAUUCCCCUGUCUAUAUAUUGCUAUAAUGAAAUUUGCACGAGAAACGUGCAAAUGAGAGAAUAUAUAAGUGGCCAGAUACGUUUAUUGGUCUUGUUUCUUGAUAACUUGAAACAUUACGUUUAUUGCUGCUGCAGGAUUUUAUUCGCCGUUGCCUAACAUACAAUCAAGCAGAGCGACCCGAUGUUUUAGCUAUUGCUCAAGAUCCAUACCUGAUUUAUACAAAGAAAUGACGGCGGCACGGCUCGGAGCUAAGCUGCAGACGAGAGUGUCUAUGGCAAGAAGUCUCCCAUCUUGUUCACUUUUUGAGGACAUGAAUUCAGUGAAACUCGGAAAAUUUUGUAUAUUGGUAAAGCCUAUAUGCUUCCAUUUUUUUGUUUCUUCCUUCUUUCUUUAUUUGGUUUUUAGGGGGUUGUACCCUGCUGCUUGUAAGGUUGUUCCUUUAGACCAUUUCUUUUUUCCGUGUAACUUCAAUUGUAUGUGAUGGAACCACAUGUUUUUGUAUUAACGAAAGCAUGAAAGAGAAGAAGAAAUGGAAGAUUGCAGAUGUA